GACUCAGGGCAGGAGGGGCAGAAGUUGCGCACCGGCGGGCGAGCGGGCGGGCGCGAGCCGGACUCCGAGGCCUGCGUACGCGCGUGCGGGCGUGCGGGAGCCGGGCGCCGGGGAUCUGUCCCGGAGCGAGGAGCGCAGCAUGGAGCGCCGGACAGUCGGCGCCUGCCUCGCCCUGCUGUGGGGCUGCGCGUUGGUGGCCGCGGCGGCUCAGGGCAAGGAAGUUGUCCUGUUGGAUUUUGAGGCAGCGAAAGGAGAACUUGGCUGGCUCACACAUCCCUAUGGCAAAGGGUGGGACCUGAUGCAGAGCAUAAUGGACGACAAGCCCAUCUACAUGUACUCCGUGUGCAACGUGGUGGCCGGCGACCAGGACAACUGGCUACGCACCAACUGGGUGUACCGCGGCGAGGCGGAGCGCAUCUUCAUCGAGCUCAAGUUCACGGUGCGUGACUGCAACAGCUUCCCCGGUGGCGCCAGCUCCUGCAAGGAGACCUUCAACCUCUACUACGCCGAGUCGGACGUGGACUACGGCACCAACUUCCAGAAGCGCCAGUUCACCAAGAUCGACACCAUCGCGCCCGAUGAGAUCACGGUCAGCAGCGACUUCGAGGCGCGCAACGUGAAGCUGAACGUGGAGGAGCGCUCCGUGGGGCCGCUCAGACGCAAGGGCUUCUACCUGGCCUUCCAGGACAUCGGUGCCUGCGUGGCUCUGCUGUCUGUCCGCGUCUACUACAAGAAGUGUCCCGAGCUGCUGCAGGGCCUGGCUCGCUUCCCCGAGACCAUCGCAGGUUCCGAGGCACCCUCCCUGGCCACCGUGGCCGGCACCUGCGUGGACCACGCUGUGGUGCCGCCAGGGGGCGAAGAGCCCCGCAUGCACUGCGCGGUGGAUGGCGAGUGGCUGGUGCCCAUUGGGCAGUGCCUGUGCCAGGAGGGCUACGAGAAGGUGGAGGACGCCUGUCAGGCCUGUUCACCGGGAUUCUUCAAGCCCGAAGCCUCCGAGAGACCCUGCUUGCCGUGCCCGGCACACACCCUGCCGUCCCCCGAAGGUGCCAGCUCCUGCGAGUGCGAGGAGGGCUACUUCCGGGCGCCCGAGGACCCGCUGUCCAUGCCCUGCACACGCCCGCCCUCCGCCCCCCACUACCUCACAGCCGUGGGCAUGGGCGCCAACGUGGAGCUGCGGUGGACACCACCCCAGGACAGCGGGGGCCGCGACGACAUCAUCUACAGUGUCACCUGUGAACAGUGCUGGCCGGAGACCGGCCAGUGCGGGCCCUGCGAGGCCAGCGUGCGCUACUCAGAGCCCCCCCACGCGCUGACGCGGACCAGCGUGACGGUCAGCGACCUGGAGCCCCACAUGAACUACACCUUUGCCGUCGAGGCCCGCAAUGGUGUCUCGGACCUUGUGACCAGCCGCAGCUUCCGCACGGCCAGUGUCAGCAUCAACCAGACAGAGCCCCCCAAGGUGAGGCUGGAGGGCCGCAGCACCACGUCACUCAGCGUCACCUGGAGCAUCCCCCCGCCACAGCAGAGCCGAGUGUGGAAGUACGAGGUCACCUACCGCAAGAAGGGGGACUCCAACAGCUACAACGUGCGCCGCACUGAGGGCUUCUCUGUGACCCUGGAUGACCUGGUUCCUGACACCAUCUACCUGGUCCAGGUGCAGGCGCUGACGCAGGAGGGCCAGGGCGCUGGUAGCAAGGUGCAUGAGUUCCAGACGCUGUCCACAGAAGGUUCUAGCAACAUGGCAGUGAUUAGCGGUGUGGCUGUUGGCGUCUUCUUGCUUCUGGUGCUGGCAGGAAUCGGCUUCUUCAUCCACCGCAGGAGGAGGAGUCUGCGCGCUCGCCAGUCCUCAGAGGACGUCUACUUCUCCAAGUCAGAACAGCUGAAGCCCCUGAAGACGUACGUGGACCCUCACACAUAUGAAGACCCCAAUCAGGCUGUGCUCAAGUUCACCACCGAGAUCCACCCGUCCUGUGUCACCCGGCAGAAGGUGAUCGGAGCAGGAGAGUUUGGGGAGGUGUACAAGGGGACCCUGAAGGCGUCCUCGGGGAAGAAAGAGGUGCCCGUGGCCAUCAAGACCCUGAAGGCAGGCUACACAGAGAAGCAGCGCGUGGACUUCCUGAGCGAGGCCAGCAUCAUGGGCCAGUUCAGCCACCACAACAUCAUCCGUCUGGAGGGCGUGGUCUCUAAAUACAAACCCAUGAUGAUCAUCACGGAGUACAUGGAGAACGGGGCCCUCGACAAGUUCCUCCGGGAGAAGGACGGCGAGUUCAGCGUGCUGCAGCUGGUGGGCAUGCUGCGGGGCAUCGCAUCGGGCAUGAAGUACCUGGCCAACAUGAACUACGUCCACCGCGACCUGGCCGCCCGCAACAUCCUGGUCAACAGCAACCUGGUCUGCAAGGUGUCCGACUUCGGCCUGUCCCGCGUGCUGGAGGACGACCCCGAGGCCACCUACACCACCAGUGGCGGCAAGAUCCCGAUCCGGUGGACGGCCCCUGAGGCCAUCUCCUACCGCAAGUUCACCUCGGCCAGCGACGUGUGGAGCUACGGCAUUGUCAUGUGGGAGGUCAUGGCCUACGGCGAGCGGCCCUACUGGGAGCUGUCCAACCACGAGGUGAUGAAAGCCAUCAACGAUGGCUUCCGGCUGCCCACACCCAUGGAUUGCCCCUCGGCCAUCUAUCAGCUCAUGAUGCAGUGCUGGCAGCAGGACCGUGCCCGGCGCCCCAAGUUCGCCGACAUUGUCAGCAUCCUCGACAAGCUCAUCCGCGCCCCUGACUCCCUCAAGACCCUGGCUGACUUCGACCCCCGGGUGUCCAUCCGGCUGCCCAGCACCAGCGGCUCAGAGGGGGUGCCCUUCCGCACGGUGUCCGAGUGGCUGGAGUCCAUCAAGAUGCAGCAGUACACAGAGCACUUCAUGGCAGCUGGCUACAAUGCCAUCGAGAAGGUGGUACAGAUGACCAGCGAAGACAUUAAGAGGAUCGGGGUGCGGCUGCCUGGCCACCAGAAACGCAUUGCCUACAGCCUUCUGGGACUCAAGGACCAGGUGAACGCCGUGGGGAUCCCCAUCUGAGCCGCGGCC